AUGGAUGACAUGAUCCCUCAACGGCUUCCCACUGGGCUGGGUCGCAGGGGCAGCAGGCUGAGCAAAUUACUCCGAGCAUCCCAGCAAUACUUACUAGCUCCAGCUAUGAAAUGCCUCCAGGAUGUUCUGGGUCUCCUACCAGUUGGACGUGCCCAGAACACCUCCAUGGGAACCACAUCAGUCAGAGAACUGCUUAUCUCUGCAUAUCAAGAAAGUCUUCAAAUCAUACACGGUGCCUCAGUCCACUCUAGACAACGACGAAGCUCACCCUCAUCCUCCACGCUUGUGUUUACAUUCUCUCGGCAAGCUGAGCCUGAGACCCUGGAGAUUUCUCAAGCUGCGGAGGUUUUUCAAACAACUCUGCAAGUCCUAAAGAACAGAGCGAGACAGAGAUAUAAAAGGGAUGUCACAGCACUGGAGUUGCUUUCCUGGGAGGACGUGGAGCUGAUCGCAGAGCUGUCUCGGUGUCCGCCGGUAACGCAUCCAGCCAUCUGUCUGCAAAGUCAUCUCAACCAGUACCGCUCCAUAUCUGGCCUCUGCAAUAACAGGCAAAAUCCUCUUUGGGGAGCAGCCAACAUCCCCUUGGUCAGGUGGCUUCCUGCUGAAUAUGAAGACGGAGGGAAAGAACCCAAGGGCUGGAACCGGGGACGGCUCUAUAAUGGAUUCCAGCUUCCCCCGACAGGUGACCCUCUCACUGGUGCACAAGGCUGCAUGCCUUUUCAUCGCUCCAGUCCAGCCUGCUUUAUCAGUUUCAGGUCUGAUAUGCAACAAGCUCUGCAGCGACAGCAGAUGAAUGCCAUCACAUCGUUCAUGGAUGCUUCAGUUGUGUAUGGCCACACUCCAAAGAUGCAGAGCUUCCUGCGCGACCUCUCUGGCCUCAAUGGGAAACUCGCUGUCAACAACCAGUUCAGUGAUCCCAAAGGAAGGCCGUACCUUCCAUUCAUAGCCACUCUGCCUUCAGCCUGCCAACAAGGUCCGCAAGGGGAAAGAGUGGAGUGUUUCAGUGCCGGGGACACUCGGGUUAAUGAGGGUCUGCCCCUGGUCAGUUUGCAUACACUGUGGCUGAGGGAACACAAUCGCAUUGCGGAGGCGCUGAAACACAUAAAUAGUCACUGGAGCCCAGAGACUGUUUACCAAGAAACUCGCAAGAUUAUCGGAGCUCUGCAUCAGAUCAUAACCAUGAGAGAUUAUGUUCCAAAAAUUAUUGGCCAGGAGGCUUUUGACUAUUACAUCGGACCCUAUGAGGGAUAUGAUCCAACUACAGACCCCUCAGCCUCCAACGUCUUUGCCACCGCUGCAUUCAGGUUCGGCCAUGCCACCAUCUCCCCAGUCCUCAGGAGACUGAACGAGAGCUUCCAGAAGCAUGAGCACUUCCCCCACUUGAGAAUGCUCAACACUUUCUUCAGUCCUUGGAGAGUAGUCAAAGAAGGUGGGAUUGAGCCAAUCCUGAGAGGUACAUUUGGAACUGCAGCAGCAGCUGUUAGCGCAGACAGGCUGCUGACAGACGAGAUAACAGAGAGGCUGGUCAUCUUCAAUGUGACAGAGCACAUGGACCUGGCUUCACUGAACCUGCAGAGAGGACGAGAUCACGCUCUCCCAGGAUACAACGAUUGGCGAUCCUUCUGUGGUCUGAGGCGCAUUAAGACGCUGGAUGAUUUCAAAGAGAUCGUGAGAGACAACAGGGUUGCUGAGAAGAUUGCACAAAUAUACAAACACCCGGACAAUAUCGAUGUCUGGCUCGGAGGGCUUGUUGAAUACAUGCUGCCGGGUUCAAGAACUGGUCCUCUCUUUGCCUGCCUCAUUGGAAAGCAGAUGAAAGCACUUCGUGAUGGUGAUAGGUUUUGGUGGGAGGCUGAAGGUAUGUUCAGCCAGCAACAAAAGGCCGAACUUUUAAAAGGUUCUCUGUCUCGGAUCAUCUGUGACAACAGUGACAUAAGGGAAGUCCCCCCUGAUUCUUUCAGGUUCAGGACGUACCCCAACGGUUAUAUCUCUUGUGAUCGUUUGUCAUCGAUUACUUUGGAAGCUUGGAGACAGGAGAAAAGCCGAGACUUAGAACAGUGCGGCACUCCAAGAAAGAUAAAGAACGGAGAUUUUAUUUUGUCCUCUACAUACGGCAAACUGGUGGCUCUGUACUCCUGUUACCAUGGUUUCAAGUUAAAGGGUGCAGCUGCUAUAGUUUGUGAGGGAAAUCGAUGGAGUGAUCAGCCCCCACAAUGCACAGGUACAUGA